AUGGCUAGACUUACCACCAUGAAAUAUGAUGGAGCCAAAGGAAUGCAAGAGCAUAUCCUUGAAAUGACAAAUAUUGCCGCCAGAUUACAAACCCUGGGAAUGAAAGUAGAGGAGUCCUUUAUUGUUCAGUUUGUUCUGAACUCAUUGCCACCUCAGUAUGGUCCAUUCCAGAUGCAUUAUAAUUCUAUUAAGGAUAAAUGGAAUGUGAAUGAGCUGGCAAGUAUGGUAGUUCAGGAGGAAGUAAGACUGAAACAACAAGGGCAUUACUCUGCUAAUUUUGUGACCAAAGAAGCUGGAAAGAAAAAGCACCAUUAUAGUAAAAAGAAAUGA